AUGAAUAGAAGUUUGAAAUUGAGAGAUGAAGUAAGUUCUGGAGAUUCGGAUGAAGAAGAUAAUGAAGCAGAAGAAUCGGAGAAGACAAAUAAGAAAAAGAAGACGAAUUUGAAGACGAAAAAGAAUAAAAGACAACGAGAAUAUGAUUAUAUGUCGGAUUCUGGAUCGGAUUCAGAGUGAGUUCAGGCAAACUUAAUAGAGCUCCAGGUCAAAAAUCUGGGACCUUUAAUAUUUAAAAAUCGGUUCCAAAUUCGAAAAUUGAGACUAUUUUCGUAGUGAAACCCCAAAAAACUCACAUUUUAUUUCAUUUUGAAGCUAUCAUGAAUUUUCCUAACAACCAUUUUUAAAGAUAAAUCAAUUCAAAAAUGAUUGAAAAUUUCACGUUUCAAAGAUAAAUUGAAUUUUGCCACGUCAUAGGACACGUGAGGAUUUGAGUAGGUUUUACUUUUGGGGCUAGGCUGAAGCUAAUCUGAUUGAGAAGUUCAGAAAGAAAAAUAUUCAAUUUUAAUCACAGAGCAGAAGCUCAGCUCACAAUACAGAAAUUGAAAUUUCCUGAACCAAAUUUUUUGUUGAGAUGUUUUUUUUUCUCAAAAAUCAUUCCUACAUCACGUCACAGGCGAAAAAAACAAACAUUUUUCCUCAUUGCAAAUUUGAUCUACCUAAAAAUGAGUGCGCGAAAAAUUUGCUUUUUCUUCUCAUUUUCACUUUUUUUUGUCGAUUCUCAAACGAGAGACCAUGUGAAUGCGAGGAGUGAGCAGAGUUAACUCUGUUGUGCCCUUUUUGUUUGGUUUUUUCGCCUGUGGCAUCACCCCAUGUUCCCAUUUAUUUUCAGCCAAAAAAAUUGGUGAAAAAUCCAACAACCCGCAAUGAUAUCUAAUUUGGAUGUGGAAGAACGUGAUUCGUCUGGAGAUGACACUACUGAUGCAGAUAAUAAAAGAGAUCAUGACUUCGAUUGUAUUUUUGCCGAAAAAAGAGUGAAUUUCAUCAGCAAUGGAGACAAAUGAAAAUUGAGAAGGAGCGAGUGGAACAAGUGAUGGAGGAGCAAAGAAACGAGGAUGAUUUCGCAUUGAAAAAUGAUGAUUUGGGACUGAAAAAUACGAAAAAGGCCAAGAUUGUCAAGUGGGUUUUAGGGGGGAUUUUAUUAAAAUUUAAUUUUUUACAAAAUUCUCAAGUCUGAAUUUAUUUUCUGAAUUCGAUUUGAAAUUCAAAAUUAUCAACCAUUCAAAAUUUUUUACGAUAAUAUUAUAAAUUUUACUGUUUCAAAGUUUUGAAAAAUUUCUAUAAAUUUCAGAAAACUUUCAAAAUUUUUCGCAAGUUGCUCAAUUUUCUCAAAAAUUUUAUGAAAAAUAUUUUCAUAAUCACUUUUUUUCCAGAAUUAUCCUCUCGAAAUCAACAAUAUUCUGA